AAUAUCAUUCUAAGAUAUCAGCUGUGAUUCAGUAUCGGAAUAAGAAAUACGCAAUUUAAUUAUCUGGCUCGCAGUCAGAUCCUGAAUUGGUGAAGCAGCUGCGACACCUGUCGCAUUGUAUAAAGAUGGCUCCGCAGAGCAGUAAGUGCACACAUUCUUAUCAUCACCAACUUGACAGCGCAAGCACCUCCAAUCUAGGUGCCCAAUAAUGAGCACCCUCAUAUUACCUUCUCGAAUUAGCCAUUUCCCAUUAAACUUGUUGGUUACCUUGUCAUUAUAACCUCUCACUAUCCUCACUUCAACGUCAACAAUCAACGAUGGAUCUUCCGCCCUUAUUUCGAUUCAGUCCCGGAAAGGGAAAACGACCCGUUCAAGUUGGACAUACUAAACCCGCUGAACCUGAACUAUCUUCCGAAAUUGAAGAUAAUGCUGCUCGGGUUAACCCUCCCGCUCUACCUCCUACGGUCGAAGAAGCCUACCGACGUAAAUGUAUCCAACUGAAGGAGCGCACCAAAGAGAUCGAAGAUGAGACAAAGGCCUACCAGCUGCGACUGAACCGACUCCAGCGCCAAGUCCAAAAACUACGUCUCGAGCGCGCAUUCCUCCUCGAGCAGGUCGCUAAGCGCACGAGCACCAACGUAGAGGAUUCUGAAGGCAGCCCUAGUCCUCCGCCGACUCCUAAGGAUAAGCCGCUCAGAACCAAGCGUGGGCACAGGAAGCCGUCCCUGCUUCCCAUCUCUGAGCCGGGCGCCGGGCCGGGCGCGACUUUCAUUAAUCAGAACUUAGCGACGCUCUCGCCGAGCUCCGACGCCUAUUCACACUCCCAGCUCGACCACGGCCGCCUUAAUGGCAUUGCUAAGCGACCUAAGCGACCUAGCAACGCCUUCGAAAUCUACUGCAACGACACCCGACCCGUUCUUCAGGCCCAGCAUAAGGAAAAGAUUGCAGCGGGAGAGUUCCGUCUCGAAGAGGAGCUCGCACGCGGCUGGAAGGACCUACCAGAAAAAGAAAAAGAGGAGUUCCAAGUCCGAUAUGAGCAGGAGUUGGCCCAAUACAAGGAGGCUGUUGAAGAGUAUAAGCGCGAAGCAAAAAACGCUGCGCGUGAGCGCUCGCGUAACAGGGACAGAGACCACUUCGGCAGCAUCUCUAGCAGUAGACGUGGCGGUGGAGGUGGUCGUUCGGCCCGCUUCGAAGAGGUCCAGGAUGAAGAAGGAGACGAAGAUCAGGAUGUCGAGAUGGCGGAUCCUGGCGACCACGAGCCUGCAGGCGAUCAGGAUACGGACCCAGAGACCGAGGUUGACGAGAACGACGGCGCGGUAGACGAUUAG